GUUGCUGGGUAGAACUAAUGGCUUUCCUGCUCUCCUUAGACACCCACUGUUUAUAAAGAAGUAACGUCAACGGCAUCUGCACGCACACACACGGGUGGCAGGCUCCACACGACACGCUCUCUGAAUACCAACAUAAGGGUAUAUGUAGAGCAAGAUUAGAAAAUUGUUCAUUAGGAGACGUAUGGGAGUUUAAUGAAAUGUUACUGAUAGCAAUCUUUGGGGACGAGAUUAAUUAUAAGGACAUCGAAGUAGACCUUACCCAGGACGUUGCAUCGAUCCAAAAUCCUGAUUAAUCAAACGAUUUGCAUUGGCGCUGCGUCUGCCUCCUUACAUGUCAGUUAUGUCUUCUUUAAUAAAGAAGAUCUCAGAAUUUGCGAACAACAGUGCCGGCAAAAACCCGUCGAUUCAUGAAUUAUUAAAAAGGCUCGAUAGCUAUAAUAACUCCUCCCACAAUGGGAGCAACGGCGGUGACUUUACUGAUUUUGGGUUAAUGUCAAAUAAAAAUGCGGCACAGAACGUUCUUCUGGUUGCUGCCUACUCUGUUUUGGUGCUUGUUUCUCUCUUUGGCAACACAAUGGUUUGCCACGUAGUGAUUCGAAACCGGAGGAUGCACACAGUCACUAAUAUGUUCAUUGUUAACUUGGCUUUCUCUUGCAUACUAGUCACCGCUCUUAAUAUCCCGCUGAUGCUGGUGCGCCUUGUGUUGGAAGAGUGGCCAUUUGGUUCCUUCAUGUGUCACUUGCUCAACUUUAUAUUGAUGUCAUCCGUCUACGUGUCCACUUUCACACUGAUGGUCAUUGCGCUGGACCGCCAUCAAGUGAUCAUGUACCCGCUUCGUCCACGGAUAUCAUUACCUGUUGGCGCCCUUAUUGUGGCUUUCAUUUGGGUCUUGGCUAUCGGACUCUCUAUGCCGUUUGCCAUAUAUUCCCGUGUGGAGGACGUCCAUGUCAUCGUUCGCACCAAGCGGCGUUGCCGCUCGAGGUAUCCAGAACCCAGCGAUCUUUUUGAGCAGAGGCUUACAUUGGCGACGAUAUUGCUGCAGUAUAUAAUUCCCUUAGGUAUAAUUACCAUAGCGUACGUUAGAAUUGGCUUAAGGCUCUGGUCCAGGUCGGCCCUUGGACAUUGCACCCAUGAGCAAAGGACUCAUCAAGACAAAGCUAAACGUAAGACAAUUAAAAUGUUGAUCACAGUUGUGGUUGUGUUCGCAAUGUGUUGGAUGCCAUUGAAUCUCUACCACAUUCUGACCGACUUUCACCCAGACAACGAACUUUUCCGUUACAACAGCAUCGCUUUUUACGUUUGCCACUGGAUAGCAAUAAGCAGCAUGUGUUACAACCCGUUCAUAUAUUGCUGGCUGAAUGAUAAUUUUAGAAGGGAGAUCAAAUCUAUUUUUUCGUGCUGUUUUCCCACUGCCCCUCGAGUGUGUCCUGGUAUGGACGCCGACGGCUUGACAACGAAAGAAUCUUCACGGGGGGCCGAUGUCACUGUCCUGAGGCAAAAAUCAAGCGAGACAAUCCGGUCUAACUCCACCAAAAGCUCCAGAAAGGACACGCCGCUGGAGGACGUGGAUAGUGUAGUGCUUCAACAGCUUCUGAGUUACAACAGAAAAAGUCUGAAAGGGAAUUCGUGUAAAAAUCACGGGAACGGAACGCAUGGAUCAGACUUUGAACUCCGCCCAUACAAACGGGUCGACUCUAGAGAUGUAUCUCCUGAUGAUAGUAUAUUUGUCGAACAUCCGAGGGGUGUAGAGGAUGAUGUCGCUGUUUAAUCAGAAAAGCAUUAGCAAUUUCUACGAAAAAAGAGAAAGAUAGAUAGAAAUUAAGAAAAGAAAAAUAUUUGAAGGUGGAAGCGCCAAAAUGGGGAAUCAAGUAUAUGUAGUGUAUAUAGUUUAUUCAAAUAUGGUCAAACACAUUGACAAAAUGGGGAAUCAAGUAUAUGUAGUGUAUAUAGUUUAUUCAAAUAUGGUCAAACACAUUGACAAAAUGUUGCAUUACAGCAAUGUUUCCUUACGGAACAAUGUAGCUCAGUCGCUAAAAGACGACUGAGUUUUUAAAUCAUAUAUACACCCCAUUUUUCUCAUAUGAGUUGCCUUAUCUUAUUGCCUAAAAGAGCUGCACUGUUGUACGUAUUAUACUUUGUUUCUGAGAUUCACCUUUCAUCUCUGCUUGCGGUUAUUCAUUGAGAUAUAUAUUACAAUUUCUCAAAUGAAGAUAGUCUUAUGUCUUUGAUCAUUAUGAGGUAUCUUCAGGAAAGGGAUAUCUCAUAGAUGAUGAUAAAUGACUAACGUCUAGCUAAUGCGGCAAUUAGCUGUGUUGUCGAAUGUGUUACAUCCUAUACGCUUCUCGGAAGAACACAAAAUACAUCCGAUCUCGCAGUUCGAGAAAAAGGUUUUCAAGCAAUUAUAUACUGACGUCUUUAGGGCAAAUGCAAUUAUAGUUGCAUUUGAUGAGAAAAUGUUGUUAUUUCACGAUAAAUAUCCUAGUUGUUAACCCUUGUUGAUCUGCGUGAAAUCCUGCAGGUCAAGAAACACGCAAAGAUCUUUUGGCUGAAGGGCUUUUUCGCUCAUUACCGGUAACAGUCCUAGGUUAAAAAGAAAGAAUUAAGAAGGUAAUCGGAAUUGAUGAAAGCGAAUUGGUUCUCAAGAAAGUCUUUAGUCAAAAAUUUUCAGAUUUGCGAACCGGCACUCCUUAUCGGUUCACAAUUCUUCACGUAAAGUAUGAAUGUUUAUGGGUUGGCAAAAAGAUGCUACUUUCGACCGGAGACCAGAUAGGCGAUGAUGUAGUUGCUGUGGAAAAAUUCUCGCUUGACAGGAUAGCCAGAGAAAUAUCUGAAAAUAUACAGUAUAAAGUCCUCUCCGUGCACCUGGUAAAGAGUAAAAAGUUUCCCAAUUAAGCUCAUAUCACGUAGCAGCUUACGAGACACAAUUGACAGGGUACUUUUAGUAUUAAUAUUUUCUUUUCCGAUGUACAUUAAGCAUCUUUUAAUGAACUUUUUUCGCACUGGUUGUUGACGUCAAAACCCAUCGCCAAGUUUACAACGUGUGCUAAGUAGAAACGCGGUGCGUACGUGUAGCGUGCACAACACUCAAUUUUAUUAACACUGAAUGGAUUAACUUUCUAACACAUCUUUAUUGUAAUAAUAUUUAU